UGCGUUUUGAACCAUCGUCAUUAUCGUUGAAAUGUUUAUCACCAAAAAGAGAUUCUAAGUGUAAGAAGAGUUACUAGGAGCGAGAUCUGCACUAUAUAGAGUAUAUUCAAAUACAUCUAAACCAAAUGCUUUUUUUGCUACGUUCGCAGUGUGGGAAGAAAACUUUUUUGACCUGUAAUUUCGGAAUGAACACGCAGUAACUAUGCGCUUGGAUUAUUUGGUCUCGUGGGACGAAAUCAAUCAGCAAAAUGCCUUUUCUGCCCCCGAAAAAAAAAAAUGAAAUACAUUGUGAAAAGUGAUCGCUUCAAAUAUGACAGGAUUAAAUGUAGAAGAACUUAAUUGAAGACAUGCGAAAUCAAGAAACAAAAAUCAAAAUUUUUCAACUAUUUUUAACGGUAUUAAAUCAAUGAAAGGGUAAAAUUUCAUAAGCGAACUGUAAGCUAACUAAAUGAAAAAAUAAGGGUUGGGUUCCGUUCCCGUCAUUCUAUUUCUCGAUUUGUCAUUCAAUUAAAUAAACAUUAAUUGACAUACGACGAAUGUCUUUUAUUUGAUUCACAAAAAGAAGAAACACGUUUAUUUUCCCGUCAAUUAAUGACGUAUUUCGAUUAAAAACGUUAAUAUUUCGUUAUAAUAAAGAAAAUUCCAGUAAAAAUGGCGAAUCUGUUGGACGAAAAUUUCUUUUACAACAGCAUGUUGGCUAAAGCGAUGGUCACACUAUUACCUCCGAACGAUAGGAAGAUCAUGAGAAUUUGGUUCGAUAAGAUGCUCGAAUUGGACAAAACCGAUAAAGAAAAAUCGAUCAGAAACGAAUACAUGUGGUUCAUGUUACUGAUGUUGCAAGUACGUAAAAUCCGCGAACCGUUCAACAAAUUACCGCCCAACGAAAUAGGAGAUCUCAGAGAUUUGGUACCUACGAAAGUUUACGAAGAAGUGCUUAUCGCAAACGAUGAUAAUAUGGAAUUAGAUGAAAAAUCCGACGAAAAGAAAGUGUCGUUUCAAUUAUCUGCCCCUACGAAUUUCCUAGCGAACCAACCGGUACCUUGCGAAGGGAUAAUUUGUUAUUUUUCAGCUUUCAGCGAUAGAGGAGCGUGAGGAAUAUUCAAGGAACGAAUCAGGGAUUUUACUUUUUCUUUUUUUUACUAUAACACACCAAAUU